GUUUGCGUACUGACAAAGUACUUUUUCGAGUACUACCUUGUUAUACGUACUAGUGUUUCCGACGUGACAAUUAUUAUUAGUCAAUUAAAAAAAUGUCAAAAACAGUAGCCGUAUUACUGGUUUGCACCUCACUAUGUGUGCUCGUAAAUACACACCCUAAAAACAAAGAAACACGGAUCAUUGGUGGAGAAGUAGCCCGAGCGGGACAAUUUACAUGGCAAGCAGCAAUUUAUGUGACAACUGCUGACGGGACGUACUUCUGUGGAGGAACUAUUAUAAGCUCUCAGUGGAUCCUAACAGCUGCACAAUGCGUGUAUAAUGCGAUUCAAUUCACCAUUCGUUUAGGUGUAUUUGAUCUCACAGUAAAUGACGAAAACGAACUCUUAUUAUCUACAUCUUUAUACACGAUACAUCCAGAUUACAAUCCACUUACUCUUGAACACGACGUUGGGCUCAUUCAACUUCACAUGCCAAUCACUUUUACCGAUUAUAUCGAAAAAGUUGACUUGGUAAAUGUGGGUCAAACGAACGUAGGAGAUCUAGUCGGAGCGUCAGGGUGGGGGCAAACUAGUGAUGACGUUGCUGAACUUUCUGAUCAACUAAAUUUCGUAACUUUGGUAAUAAUAUCCAACACUGAGUGUCAAACAACUUAUGGUAGUCAGAUUAAAGAUGGUAUGCUUUGUGCUAUCGGCAACUAUAACCAGGGUAUUUGUCUUGGUGACAUUGGUGGCCCCAUUGUUAAACCUGAUGGGUUUGGAAAUGCCAUUCAUGCCGGAAUUUCGAGUUUUACGAGUUUAAAUGGAUGCGAAACCUUAGAACCUUCGGGAUUUACAAGGACGGAUGUAUACCGUGAAUGGAUUUUAAAUGUAACUGGGUCUCUAUAGACGUGUUAUUGAAGAUUCAUUGUAAUGUGUUUAAUAAUAAAACUAUAAUAACAUG